AUGGUUUGGAGCAGAAUGGCAAGACACUUACAAUUCCUAAGCACAUUCAUCCAUGACCAAGACCAAUGCUCAUGCGAUGGCGCUAAUCAAUCCCUCCACCACACACAUCUACCCACAGCCGCCGCCUCCACAGCCAAUCCAUCCAACCUCUUCUUCCUCCUCCCGCUGCUCCCCCCUUCAUUCCUCCAAACCCUAGCGCAAACCCUAAUGUCCACCACCGCACACCCUCCUGCCUCCCUCUCAGGGGACUCCUCGCCGACUACCUCCGGCUCAUCCUCCCCCUCCUCCUCUGCUUUCGUCGCUGGCUCCGAUGAGCCCGCGCUUCUCGGGCCAGCCACCUCGACUUCCACCCCCUCUGCUGCCGGGGAUGACGCCGCCGUCCCCUCCUCGCCCCAAAUGGGCAUGUACUUCGAGACGGAGGACGACGCCUACGAAUUCUACAAGGUAUACGCCGCCCGCCUUGGCUUCGUCGUCCGCAAGUCCAACAAGUCCAAGAACUCCCGGCACACCGUCACCCGCCGUCUCUUCGUCUGCUCCAAGCAAGGUUUCCGCCAAGAACCCAAGAAGCCUCAAGAUGAGACCAACGCCACCGACGUCACCGUUGCUGCACCGCCACCGCCUCCUAGGUGCCCGGACUCACGCACCGGCUGCCUGGCGUCCCUCACCAUCAAGCUACUCCCUUCGGCCAAUGCCUUCCGUGUCACUGAAUUUGUCGCCGAGCACAACCACCCGCUCGCCUCUGCAGUGUCCGCGGUGUCACUGGCAAUGAUUCCGUCAAGUUCUUCGCAUCACACCAUUGCCGCUGCUGCAAGCUUGCCGGACCCAAGGGACGGGCCACUCCCAGAGAUGCACUUUGAGACGGAAGAUGACGCCUAUGCCUUCUACAACCGGUACGCCGAGCAUGUGGGUUUCAGCGUCCGCCGCUCAUACAAGAAGCGCAAGCAUGGGGUGAUUGUGUCUCGUAUCUUUGUUUGUUCACGUGAGGGCGUCAGUGACCGUGCCAAGCACGAUGGUCUAGCCAGUAUCAGCACCAAUGCUGGUGGAGGGGCACCAGGUACACCUAGGCCAGGCCCACCACCAACACGAACAGGUUGCCAGGCAAGAAUGGUGAUCAAGAUCACCCCAUGCCGAACAUACCGGGUUGCUAAAUUUAUUGCGGAGCAUAAUCACCCACUCGCUAACUCAGAGACCGUGCACAAGCUGCGGUCCCAUAAGAUGAGGGCUCGAGGGCACGAGCUUGGUGCAGGGGAACUGCAUCGAAGGAAGCAGGGAAAGGGUGUGCAGCUUGGGGAUGCUGGUGCUGCAUUGGAAUACUUGGAAGGGUUGCAGGUGGGAAACCCUUCACUGUAUUAUGCAGUAGGAAUGGCACCUGAUGGGAAUUCAGCUGUAAAUUUCUUCUGGGCUGAUGCAAAGUCAAUCAUUGACUUCAGAAGCUUUGGUGAUGUCGUUUGCUUUGAUACAACAUAUGGGCUGAAUGUGUAUGGGCGACCAUUUGCAUUGUUUGUUGGUGUGGACAACCACAAGCAGUUACUCGUGUUUGGUGCAGCCUUGCUUUAUGAUGAUGGCAUCCAGUCACUGAAAUGGGUAUUUCAGGCAUUUGCUGAUGCCAUGCGUGAUAGGCAGCCAAAGACUAUUCUGAUUGAUGAGCGUUCUGAAUGUGCCAUUGCAGCAGCAGAGGUCUGGCCUGGGAGUAACCAUUGCACAAGCGUGUGGCAUAUAUACCACAGUUCAAAGAGGCACUUGAAGCAGGUGUUCGAAAGCUCGAAAAGUUUUGGCAAUGCUUUGAGCCAGUGUCUCUUUGACUGUGAGGAUGAGAUGGAGUUCUUGUCUGCAUGGGAAAAGCUAAUUGAGAAACAUGACAUUGGUGAGAGUGAAUGGCUCAGCAGACUAUUUCUAGAGAAAGAAAAAUGGGCUCUGCCUUAUAGGAGAACUGUGUUUUCUGCUGAUAUUCUCAGUACUCUUAGAAAGGAUAGUAUGAUUAAUGAGCUAAAACGGGAGCUCAGUGAGCAAGAAGAUAUCCUGCUGUUCUUCAAGCGUUAUGAGACCAUGCUGGAAGAGCAUCGCUCAAAGAAAUUGCAGGCUGAUGUUGAUGGAAAUCAGGUGACUUUGCCAAUCCCGUCCUUGCGGAUGUUAAAACAAUCUUCAAAUGCAUAUACACCUGAAGCUUUCAAGAUGUUCCAGGGUGAGUUUGAGGCUUACAUGAACUGCAUGUCCUUCCCCUGCAGUGCGGUUGGGACAGUGUCAGAGUACAAAAUAACACUUGAUGAGAAGCCAUCAGAGGGCAUUGUGAAAUUUGAUGCCCUAGAUGGCUUGGCCACUUGCAGCUGCAGGAAGUUUGAAUCUGUUGGAAUCCAGUGUUGUCAUGUACUAAAGGUACUUGAUCUCAAGAAUAUCAAGGAGCUCCCAGAACAAUACAUUUUGAAGAGAUGGAGGAAAGAUGCCCGCUCUGUUAGAAUGGGAGAAGAACCUAACUGUGGAUCUAGCAGUAUCAUGCGGUCAUCUUUGGAUGUUCGCUUCUCUAACAUGUGCCGUAUGGUUAGCCUAAUAGCUUCAAGGGCCGCCAAAUCUGAGGAGGCAAUGUCAUACAUUGAGAGUCAAUCAAGCGUUCUUCUGAAGCAUCUGGAUGAAAUUCUGCAGACAGGCUAUCCUGAGAAUGGAAACCAUGAUGUUGCUUCAAGUAGUCAAGCAAUUUCUUUUGUAGGAAAUCAUCCUGACCAUACAACACAAGCAAGAGCAGUUGCACAUACAGCGAAUGGACUGACAUCCUUGUUGGGAAUUUCUGCUUAUCCUGAAUCUAGUGGACAAUUGAAAGGUUCAGUCGGUUCCUUGUACUGUUAG